CUCAAAAGCAGUCAAUCAAUCAAACAACAAAGAAACAAAGAACUCUUUCAUUAUUUCAACCAAUCAUGAGCAGCAACAAUAACACUACUGCAAUCAGCACCGGAGCCCCAGUGGACAACCUAAAGAAACAAGAAGUCAAACAAGGCCACUCUUUCUUGGGUUGUCUCUGUGACAUGAGGAGAGCUGUCAUCAUCCUUGACACUCUGGGCUUUUUUGGAAGUAUCAUUGGUCUUUUGGUUGUCAUUCUCUAUGACAAGUAUGGAACAGAAGAUGAUAAGCAGCUUCUCAUGCUUGAAAAUUACGACUUUGGGGCGUUUGUUGCCAUUUACAGUGCUGUCAUUAUCGCCCACUUCAGUGGUAUCAUGGGCGCCCUCACAUUCACCAUUUGCCCCAUUUUGAUCACCAUUCUCAUGAACAUUGCAUAUGCAGUUCUUUCUGGCUUGAGCAAGAACUGGAUUGGUCUUGGUGUCUAUAUCUUUUUGCUGUAUCCACAUGUCUUUUUGUGCCACGAGCUUGCCAAAGGUAUCAUGACCAAGGAAAACUACCGCAGCCAAGAACGUCAAUCUUGUUGUUGUGUGUAGUAGGGUACCGGCGCAAACAAGCAGAGGGGAUGGUUGUGAGUGACGAACUGUGUGCAUGUCAAACUAUUAGAAGUGGGACAAUAAUAUAGUCUUUAGAUAAAGUGUUAGAUUCCGUGAACGCAUGAGGAACCUAUUACAUGUUGAAAGACCGAG